AUUUGAAACCAGUCUUCACACGUGUAUUUGUUUUGAAAACAGAAUGAAUCAGGACAUAGUUGUGUGUCAAGAGGUUUAUGGUUCAUCAAAUGUUAAAAAGAAAUACAUUCUAGAAAGAAGUGGAAGUGUAAAGUCAGUUGACCUGUCACCAAAAUUUACAUCAGUUUCACAUUUUUUUCGGUCUGUUUUUCUACCCCAAGGCUAUCCAGAAAGUGUAAGCUCUGAUUAUGUUACAUACCAGAUUUGGGAUACUAUACAGGCAUUUUGUAGCAGUAUAACUGGAACCCUUGCUCACCAGGCUGUACUAAAAGGUGUAGGAGUUGGUGAUGAGUCUGCCACAGUACUGGCUGCUACUAUAACUUGGUUACUUAAAAAUGGUACUGGUAUGCUUGGAAGGAUUAUGUUUGCAUGGAUACAAGGAACAAGUUUAGACUGUGAUGCAAAAAGAUGGAGGUUGUUUGCUGAUAUCCUCAAUGAUCUGGCGAUAUUUAUGGAAAUUUUAGCACCAAGUUUUCCAUGGCUAUUUACACCUAUUGUUUGCACAGCAGGUGUUUGCAAGUCAAUAGUAGGUGUUGCAGGUGGAGCCACUAGAGCAGCCUUGACACAACAUCAAGCAAGAAGAAACAACAUGGCUGAUGUCUCUGCUAAAGAUGGAAGUCAGGAAACUUUGGUGAACUUGGCAGGAUUAAUCAUUAACUUUUUAUUGAUCCCCAUUGUGACCGGUAAACCUAUGAUAAUUUGGAGUUUAUUUGUGAUAUUUACUUGUUUACAUCUGUUUGCAAAUUAUCGUGCUGUUACCUGUGUUGUCAUGGAAACUCUUAAUCAAGCGCGACUGAAUAUCAUCAUAAAAGAUUACAUGAAGACAGGAAUAAUAUCUCAACCAAAGGCAGUGAAUUGUAAAGAACCAGUUAUAUGGAAAACGAGACGCAAAUUACAGAUAUAUUUAGGUUCAUCAGUUAGUUCUGUUUGUAAGAGUUCCAAAGAUCUACAAAGUAUGUUACAUAUAUACAGAGACAGUCAGUACUUACUUAUGUUAGAUCUAAAGAAUAGUUGUAUCAACAUAGUACUUUCUCAAUCAAGUACGAUAGAAAAUCAGAUGCAAAGCUGUUUACAGGCAGAAAUUAUAAAUUAUAUUUAUGAAAUGUUAUAUUUACCUAACCAAACUCCACAGAAAAAUAUUGAUUCGAUUGCAGAAGCUUUAAGAAAUGGUGAUUGUGGGUCAACAGCACAUCAGUCAUACCACUACACUCUAUCUGUUAUAGACAGGUUUAGAGCAGAUUUACAUGACAGUGGAUGGUUGACAGAUCCUGUCUUAUUAGGACCUCAAGAAUGGAGAUGUACCUGGGACAUUAAUGGACUCUCAGACAAGAAACAUUAUUGAUUAAUUACAUUAAAUAUUACUGACUACCUAGUACUGUAGAUCCAUUUAUUCUUGUGUAAAAUUUUAUUUAUUAUGGAGAAAUGGUAUUUUUUGGGCACUUGUGUUCAUGGGUUUGGAUAAAUUCUGCAUACAGCUUAGAAACUUUGUGUUUUAUUGAACACAUAGAGGUGAUGUCAACGUAAAUUUGUUCCUCAAGAAAUGUAAAUAAUAUAAUAUAUUAUAAAUACAUAAAGGGAAUGAAAUUCA